AUGAGAAAUCAUUUCUUACUUUGCAUAUUCACUGGAUUAUUGGGUAUUCUCUAGUCUGUUAGAAUAGAAAUCAGCAAAGAAAACAUUGUAUAGAGGCUACAGAAAGACUAUGGAUUUUUCUAAGAGCGUAUAAAUGAAAAAUUGAGGUAGUAAAACCGUCAAGAUAACUCAAUAUCCCUUGAUUACUAGACAUUGUAAAUUGAAGAUCCCCAAGAAUCUAAACAAAAGGCUGUAAAGUUUACAAUCGAAGGUUCAGCAUCUUAAGAGAAAUUCACUGCAGUCGUUGUCUAAAAGCUUGAGCCAUCUCAACCUUGGGCAGGUUAUAAGUAUCAUUUGUAAAGCGAUGUUAAGAUUUUUGGUAUUGAGAAUGAUAUUCUACGAAGAGAUGUGACUGCUAUUGUAUCUAGAUUAGCGAUAAUGUUCACUGAUUGGACAAAUAACAACAUGUGGGGAUCUUCCGAAUAGAUGUACGGAUCACAUCUGGCUAUAUAUCUCUUUGUAAGAAACUCAGAUUAUUUCUACACUAAUGGCUAAUCGAUUUUUUAUGUACACUGCUCUAAUCUAUUAAGGAGAGGACAAAAUUAGACAAACUUAACAGAUAUAAACUUUUAUUAAGACGCUCCUUAACUUAGUCCUUCCAGAUAUUUUGGAAUUACAUUGAAUGAUCAAUGUUUAAAGAAAAUGUUUACAACUUUUUUAUCAAGGGAGAAAAAUUUUGAUUUUCUACACCAACUUAGAUAUCAUAAUUUAUUAUUCCCAGAGAUAAAUUCGAUGAAUGUAUUUUGGCUUUCUAGUAUUUUCCCUAAAUUAGAAACACUUUAUGAUAAGAACUAGAAAGUCAAUAUCAUCUUGAAUCCUAUAGAUGCUUUCUAAAAUUGGGUAGAUAAUGCUAUAGCAAAUUUUAAAGCUGAAUUCAAUCAAGAUCACAUUGAACUAAGCAUUCCUCUCAUCUUUGAUAUUAAUGUAAAAAACAGCUAAAAUGGUUGGGAUGAAUUCAGAAGAUGCUACCUUGAAGGACAGCCAUUCAAAUUUUAAAUCAAUGGAUUACCAGCUGGGGUUUAAAAAAUUAUGAUAGUUAAUCCAAAAUCACCAUCUGAACGUACUUCAUCAUUUUUUAUUAAUACAUUCGAUUUAGAUAUUGAAGAAGAGCAGAUUAUAGUGAAAGGAUUAGUAAACAAUCUAGUGGAAAAAUUCUUUAGACAACUUACUACUCUACCAUUGGAACUCCCCACCAAAUUCUCUAGAUUUGAUAUCGAGGAAGUAUCCAGAAACUUUAAACUUAGUGCUAUACCUGGUUAUUUGGAUUUUGGAAUUGAAAGCUUGGAUUUAAAUUAGAUUCCUAGCCUAGGAUUUAAUUUUGUUGACAAGGCCGGACAUAUUUCUGGAUCAUUUCAAUGGGAGGAGGGAGAAAGAUAAAAUAUUGCCUAGGUCAUAUAAUUAAUUAAUGAAGGAAAGAAAUAGGAAUAUGAAUAGACCCUCUCACUAUUUAAAGAAACUAAAACAACAAUAAAAUAACUUGAAAAAAAAUUUUAAAGCGAUAAGAAGAGAUUAUUUGAGGAAUAAUUUUUAAUUGAACGAGAAAAUGAUUUAAAAGCUAAUUGUAAUUCAAAGGUUGAAGAAUCUUUUAAUUCUAUUUUAGGAGAAUUUUGA